AUGGGCUUCUCGUUGGGACACUUGUUCAAGGCGUGUCUGCUGUUUGUCAACGCAGUGGCCGUGCUAAAUGAGGAUCGCUUCCUUGCUCGCAUUGGGUGGGGCACACGGUCAGUUCAGGUUGGCGCCGGUCCGAAUCUCACCGCCGGGGACGAUGCCUUUGGCCUGAACAGUCAGGACACCAAGUCGCCGGGCCCACUGAAACUGCAGAUCAUCCGUUUGAUUGCCUCGGUGCAGACCCUGCUCAAGUUCCCUCUCAUCAUUCUGAAUGUUGUGUGGAUCGCUUUCGAGCUUGCCUUCGGAUGA